AUGCCUGAUAAGCAGGCUGUUGUGACUCUUUAUCCGCUCUUCCAGCCAGAUGUCCUGCCAUUCCGCUCCCUAACGUUCGCUCCCGAUACCGAAUCUGUGAAGAUUGGCCGGGCUUCCAAGCGGGAAGCGAAAGGUCUGGUCCCCGCUCACCAUAAUGCAUUGUUCGAAUCGAGGGUUAUGUCUCGGGAUCAUGCGCAGUUGAGGGUAUCCUUCGAGAAGAAGGAGGUCUACAUACGGGACAAUGGCUCCAUGCAUGGUACUUGGGUCAAUUGUAAAAAGAUAUCAGCCGAUAAGGAUGUCCCAAUCCACAGUGGUGACGUCGUGAUAUUUGGUACCGAAGUUAUACGCGGCGAAGACACUUAUCCGCCCAUGAGAGUUCGUUGCGAGUGCCAAUGGUUUGACCUUGACGAGGGGGCUGCGAAACCCAAAAAAGCACAGGAUAACUUGAAGACGAACACGUUCUGCGUCCCUGACGACGAUGAUGAGGUGAUUGAGAUCGUCGACGAGGCCCCUAUAAAUCCUGAAUCGACUGGGUCUUAUGUGCCCGAAGACCCAGACACUUCCUCGGACUCCGAACAUCACCAGUCUGCUGGGAACUCAACUCCCGUGACUUCGCCUCUGAACAAGGAUGUUUCUGUAGAAUCGGUGGAGAACAAAUCCUCUGCACCCUUCAGUGAGCUUCAAAGUCAUGUGGCCAGAUCGCAGCAAAGUCCGGUUGAUCUUGAGGAAGAGAACAAUGAGCACCGCCUUGUAACUCCGCGGAUGACCCCACCGUCUGUCGAGGAUACUUACGAAGGUUCCUACACCGGUAUAGCUGAUGAUAUGGGUGACAUCGAUUAUGCUCCAGAUCAUGAACCCGCACCUACUGGUUACAGCCGAGGGGACUCGACCACUGGAUCCGAUGGUUGGGAGGAAAGUGAAGAGCAAGACGAGUCUGACGAUGAUUUAAUGCCUCAUUCAUCUCUCAGUGUUGACACCGAUGAGUUCGGUAGAGAGGCCGAUGCUAUGGCAUCCAAUAAUCCUUCGACUUCAGUGAUUUAUGAGUCGCUAGUGGCUGUGGAUAACGGAGCCCGGUCGGAAGAGGAGGAAAGAUCGCAACCCACUCAAAACGAUGCACCUUGCUCGAAAGCGGUCACCAGUGGCGAGCGUGUUUGUCUCCAGACCGCUGCUCCGAACCUGAACAACUGGAAAUCCACGGCGAGGGAGAAUUCUACCGAGUCGUCUCCCCUCAAGUUCGGCUGGUCGUCCAUCCCACGGCCCGUCAGAGUCUCCAAUCUGGUGUCCCGGUCUAGCGGAAGAUCCCUCGAUCACUCACUUGCCUGUUUCCAUAACACCACGUCGUCAACAAGCGGGGACAAAUGUUGGCCGAACUUUGGCCAUCAUCGUAUCAACCCUCUACCGCAAAGGGAAAGCAAUGGCAAUGCUAUAUCGCAAAAUCACCGCACACCGGAUGCUCCUUAUAGUGAUGGGCCAUUCGUCAACAGUCACACACAUACCGCUUUCGAUGAAUCUGACAAGGGGAAUACAGUUCACUCUGCCGCUUCCACUAACAUCAGUCAGUCAAGUCGAGAGCAACACCCCAAUGAAGAGAGUGUCGAGACUUGGGACGACAGCAGCCGCGUGGAAUUGCUGUCAAAGAAUCAUUCAGUAUCAUCUAUGGCCGGUUCAGGAGUUACGCGGGACUCCAAUACACGCCACUCUAUGGCUGACAUUGGUGAUACUUCCGAAUGGACAGCUACAUCUGGCAUCAAGCUGUCGCGGAAGAGGAAGGCUCCUGAGAUGGAAUUGGACGCGGAAGAGCUUGAUCAGGGCCUUACCGGUCACUUCCCCGAUGUCACUUCCGAUGACAUCUGUGAUUUGCUUGAUAAUCAAUUUGUCAGUGGGUCUGCAGACUCAUUCUCUCAAGAUGCUCAGCCACAAGUUGCACCCGUUGAUCUGGACGCUUCGCUCUCGCACCUUACGAGGAUUCACGCUGUUUCCAAGACUCAGAAUCCCGCUGAUGUACCUAAGGCUACCAAAUCUGCUGCAAAAGAUGAACGACCGUCGAAGAGACAAAGGGUUUCGGGCUCAGGAAGCUUGGGAAGUUAUGUCGCCACUGCUCUUCUCGGCGCAAUGGCUGGUGGCUUGGGUACAGUCGCUCUUUUGGCCUCUCUUCCCACUGACUACUUCGCUUAA